UGCCGAGUCUGUUCGGAAAUGCUGACGAAAUUUUGAACGAUUUUCGAAGCAUCCCGAGCAUCUCAGUAUUGAGCGGUACGUGAACCAAUUGACAGCGGUCAGCGAUGAGGAGCAAACUUUUCAGUGACUGCAUAAAUACAUGAAUUAUUCAAACUCAAAAAACCCAGCAGCAACAACAAGUUCGACCACGACAACGUGACCUGCCUGUAGAGUUAUCGAUCAAACGACCGACCCGACCGAUCCACCGAUCUACCGAUCUACCCAUCCGAUUUCGGAGCCCUGCCCCGCGUCAUCUGGCGUACUCCAGCCCAGCUAACAGCAGCCGCAUCCACCAUUCCCAAUACCAAAUACAAAAUACCCAAUAACCAAUACCCGAGGAAAAAACACAAUAAAACAAUCUGAAAUCAGAAAUCAACUACAGGCGAAAUGUGCGGAGAAACAAAAAGAAAAUUAAAGACGACGACACGAGCGUAAAUCUUUUUAGCAUGAAAAAAUUCUAUAAAACUAACAGGCACUGUGUGGUCGGACAUCAUUCGAGCGCUACGACGGCAGACGACAGCCGCAGAUACAGAUACAGAUACGGAUACCGAGAUACCGAGAUACAGAUUCAGAUACCAAAUACCGAGAUACAAAUAGCUGGUCGGACGGACAGGGCCUGAUUGAUUGAUUGCCGAGCCCGGCCCCAUCUCCUGCCCAAAAAUCCAAAAUCAAAGCCCACACCCAAACCAGACUCAAAAUCUCUCUGCAUCAAAGUAUCUGCAACAGCACAGUCAUCGGCUUCGCCAUCCCAGCAUCCAUAUCUAACAGCGGUCAGCAUCAGCAUCAGCAUCCCAGUACCAGUACCAGUACCACUACCAAUACCAAUACCAAUCCGAGUCCCAGUCCCAGCGGACAACGUCCAGCCGUCAAGCCAUCAAUCAGUCACCGAGUCACCGCGUCAGUUAGUCAAUCGAAUCGACUAGCCCACUCGACUUUUGCUUCUGGCUGGAGGAUAUCUUCGGUCGGCGCUUUAGUUUCAGUUCGCAUUUGGACGCGUGCUGUGCGGCCUCGCCGAUAGAGAGAUUCGGAUCGGAACGUAAUUCUGAAUUCUCAGUACCCAGCGCUCAGUGCUCAGUGCUCAGUUCUCAGUUCCCAGUUCUCAGUUCUAAGUUCUUAAUUCUCAAAUCUCAGUUAUGAGCUCUCAAUUCUGAAUCAGAAUUAGAAUCAGAAUCAGAAAAGAAAAAGAAUCGUGCGCGAAUAAGUCUACAACGUAUCGAGAACCAAAACACUGGCGCACACACGUGUCUGAAGUUCAGUGACAAGCCCCAAAUCAGGCGUCUAUAUUCCAUUGAAUAUAUAUAAAUCGUGAAAUCGUAAAGCACUUUUAAUCAGCUAGAAACCAAGCGCAGGCACGGCAUAAUUAAUUCGUCUGACCCGCAAAGUUCUUGCAAAGCAAAUACGAUUGUGCAAAGUGUUGGCCAUCGCAUCGAUAAAGUGUAAACUACUCCAGCCAAUCCGAAAACUAAACCAACUAGUAACAGCAUGAAGCUCUCAGCAGUAUUGUUGGCCAUGGCGCUGCUUGCCCUCUCGCUGGUCCAGUGCCUCGGCCUGCCCGAUCCCAGCACCAAGUGCGUCAUGGAGUGCGACACGCAGGAGUACCGAUCCAUUUGUGCUGCGGACGACAAGGGCUCCACGAAGACCUAUCGCAAUCUGUGCGUGAUGAAGACGGAAAAUUGCCUCCAGAAUGCAAACUUUCAAAAGAUCAGCGACAAGGAGUGUCCGUAGAGCUAUGGAUCCAUUGAUCUGUAGUCCAGCGGAAAUAACUUAAUCAUGGAGGAGAGCGAGUUGACGCGGUUUGGCAUUCCGGAGGACUCUUCUUUCUCGCGUGGUAUUUGUGUGUGAUAUUUUUAAGUUGUACUUCAGCGGAAUACAGAGCACGCCCCGAACGUAAUGCAUAAUGAUAAUGUAUUCUAAAAUUAUUAAUAAUAUAUAUUAAAUAAAGUAAUCGUAACACGCAAA